AUGAAGAGGAAAGCGUGGAAAAGAAGAGGGCGACCGACUAUAUCAGAAGUUAAGAAGAUCAACUACAUUGGCUUCUACCACCGGCCCGGAUGUGAAUCAAACCGCUAUGCGCUGGAAGUCUUGAUGAAUUAUGCGGUCCUGGGUGCAAAGCUGUACCAUGAAAACCUCAAAGAUGGAAAAGUUGGUGGAGAAAGAAAGGAUGCCGAGCCUAAUGUCAUGUUUCAAUGUCCAAUCACCAAGCCCGGGAAGCUGGCGGGAACGUAUCAGAAUCAAUUCCACUUGAAGGAUCUGAGAUGUUACGUUGAUUUCAUGGACCUAGAAAUCAUUCCUUUGUAUGAGCGUCUGACUUUGUCAGACACUGAAAAUGGAGUUCGCUACGGAGACCUGUGGUGUUGUCAAAGCAGCACCGGCGGAUGUAUUAAAAGGCCAGAAAGAGAACUUCCAACCCCUAUGGAGGGUUUUAACUGCACAAUGCAAACAUUAUGGAAGAGACCCGUUUUACGAUUGAAUGCUACUGCAUAG